AUGGAGCUCAAACUGCUACUGUGAGGAAAAGGCCGCAUCAUCCUUUUGUGAGGCGCUGUGACCACAUCCCUAAGUCUAUAUUCAGUCAGCAAGGAGUACUCACAUGCUGGUCAUGCUUCUACUGAUCAGGCCUAUUGGACUAUAAAAGUCAGCGGGUGCUCAGGUAGCUAGACACAGACGACUAAGUCACUCAUUAACCCCUUUGAGCGUUUGAUUGAGUAUGCCUGAAGUGCCAGAUGGGUGUGGUUUGCACUUUUGGGACUAUAUUGUUGGUUCCAUUGCGCAAGGCAAGCUCAAUCAAUCAAGCGCAAGUAUUUGAAAGGACACAUUUAUCGUAGGCCUGCAUAGCAACGCAGAGCUCUUGAACAGAUUGGUUUCUGACUCAUCUGUUAGUGUGAGAUUCUUGAACAAACUUAAUAAACGUUCUCUUGUUCUCCCCCAGAUGGGCUGACAUGUUCUCCGCAAAGGGUUGCAAAGACUCCCCUGAACACACAUUCUCCCACCCAUUUGUACAGGUACAGUCUCCCUUCUCCUCAUAAAAAACACAGAACAUAACUAUAUAAGCUAAGACCUAAAUUAAUUACUUGAUCUUUAUCAACAGUGUUGAUGGGAAGGUUCCUGAGUGCUGACAUUCUCUUCUGUCUCCACCGUGUCUCUCUCCCUCUGUCUGUCCCCUCUCUCUGUCUGUCCUCUCUCUCUCUCUCUCUCUCUCUCUCUCUCUCUCUCUCUCUCUCUCUCUCUCUCUCUCUCUCUCUCUCUCUCUAGGCCGUAGGGAUGUUCCUGGGGGAGCUCAGUUGUCUGGCCGUCUUCCACAUGCUGCUUUGUCAUGACAGACGAAGACCAGAGCCCAAGAUGAACACGGGCCAGAGCUUCAACCCCCUCCUCUUCCUCCCCCCUGCCCUCUGUGACAUGACCGCUACCUCCAUCAUGUAUGUCGGUAUGUGA